CGGAAUCUAUGAAGGUACCUCUGCCUCGCCGCUCUUCUCGUAUAAGAAGAGUUCCGCGAAGGCUCCGCCCGUACUUUCUAUCCUAAAGCGGGGAGAUGUUGUGGAGACGGACAGCGUCGCGCAACAUUGUGGCUCUGGGUUGUUCGCAGAGUGCGACAGCCCUGGACGUCACCCGAGCUGUCCGUCGAGGGCGACCGUGUGACGGAGCGAAAGGGCCGCGCCAUCGCGGCUAGGGCACGACGGCCGUUCACCCGGGGCAUUCGGGUCUCGGGUGAUCAACGAGUGCGGUAACCGUUACGCGGCUGCGCCGAGAUAUGGAAAACAAAAACAAAAACGUAAGCAUCGUAGACGAAAAUGGGAAUCCUGGUAAGCGGCCCUUAAGCAUGCUAAGAAAUUUUGAAAAGAAGAAGAAACAACACUUGAUUCUGGAAACGCUAAAAAGCAGCAAAAAGAGCAACCAUCUGGGACAAUGAAGAAUUAUAUUGUUUUUCCAAAUGGACAAAAACUAGAAAUUCGUGGCACUAUUUGUGGUGCUGUCAAUCUGGAUCAAACUGUAUGUGCGAAACCAUUAGAUGCUAAUCCGAGCUCCACACAAACACAGCAAACUAUUUUUUUAAAAACUGCUGGAGCUACUCCAUGUACUAGCAAACCUGUACAACAGCCAUUAGAUGUUAAAAAGACUGCUGGAAAGCCACAUCCCGUUACACAUACACAGCAAACUAUUUUUUUAAAGACUGCUGGAGCUACUCCAAGUACUAGCAAACCUGUACAACAGCCAUUAGAUGUUAAAAAGUCUGCUGGAAAGCCACAUCCCGUUACACAAACACAGCAAACUAUUUUUUUAAAGACUGCUGGAGCUACUCCAAGUACUAGCAAACCUGUACAACAGCCAUUAGAUGUUAAAAAGUCUGCUGGAAAGCCACAUCCCGUUACACAAACACAGCAAACUAUUUUUUCAAAGACUGCUGGAGCUACGCCGAGUCCGAGCAAACCGAGUCUGCAAGAACAACCGAUGGUUAAUACCGAACUAUCUGGUGGUUUGCUUGAUCCCGACGAUACUCCAUUCUUAAUCACCAAGAACAUAUUACGACAGCUUAUUCGUGAUGAAGUUACUAGCGUACUCCAGGAACAAAGGGAUAGUUUCAUGGAACCAAUGUUUCGACGCAUGGCCGGAAUGGAAGCGACUUUUGCUUCACUGUAUAAUCAAAUCUCGUCACAGACCAAUCAAACGAAUGUUGAUCCAAAAGUGUUGGAAAAUUUCGAGUUUGAUACCAUCGACAGUGGCGAAGCAUUGACUGAACUUGACGAGCGACUUAAAAACGAUGAUCAGUAUAAAAAUACGUUUGUUGCAUGGGUUCAAAGGUACAUUAACGUUCCAAUAAGUACAAAAAGGAUGUCGAAACUGCUCAAAGCGUUAUUUACACCCAAAUUUCUUUGCCUUCUGACAUGGAGUGGAAGAGGAAAAAGAGCAAUGUACACUCUGUCAAAUUAUAAAGGAAUAAUAGACUUGUUUAAAACUGUAGGAAGUACUGAACUUUCCAAAGUAGGGGACCGUGAAGUUGCAGAUUUCUUCAUCCUUAAAUUGAGAUACGCUACAUACUAUCUAAGCCGGCAGGAAUGCAACCAAACAAAUCGUUGAGGAAUCUUUAUGUUUAAUUGAGGUUUAAAAGCCUUUGACUUUACACUUCAUUGAAUUUCGCCUCUUAAUUCAUGUGAUAUCUUAGAACUCUUAUAUAUACAAUACAAUGCAGUACAAAAUAAAUGAAAUCGAUGUUUUGUUAACAA